UGCUCCCGUACGCCUGCUGUUCGCCGCAUAAAUGUUUUGUUUACUUUUAGAAUAUAUAUACUAUUUCGUUAAAUGAGUGCAUUAGAAUUACAUUUUUGGCUUGCUACAAUUUUUGCCCUUUGCUUAACUGAGUGUGCUGUCGAACCCACAAAACCAUUGACAUCAGAGGGUCUUGACUUUGUGGUAAACACCGUUCCCAACGAGUUCAUAGUAAAGUUUCAUUCGAAGUAUUACACAAAAAUACGAGAAUCUUUCGUCGAAAAAAGGCUUAAUAAACAAAAUGUGAAGUGGUCGAUUUUACCUCGGAGCAAUAUAGCUAGCCAAUAUCCAAGUGAUUUUGAUAUUUUGUACAUAGCAAGCGCUAAUCAGACAUCAAUUGAAGUCAUUCUCGAAGCAAUAAAACAACAUCCUGCUGUUAAAUUAGUAGUCCCUCAACGUAGUGUUCAACGGCUUCUGGCAUCUACCACCAACGUCACAUUUACCUGUAAUACUCGACAACUUCUUGGUGUGACGCGAAAAAAACAUUUAAAGCUUGUGAACUCGCAUCAUGUCUCCGGCUCACUUCAUGCAGAUGUGCUUUGGAAACUUGGCAUUACGGGAAAAGGUGUUAAAGUGGCGAUAUUCGAUACUGGAUUGACACAAAAUCAUCCUCAUUUUCGAAAUGUUAAAGAGCGAUCGAAUUGGACAAACGAAAAGUCAUUGGAUGAUGGAGUCAGUCACGGAACUUUCGUCGCAGGCGUGAUAGCUUCGUCAAAAGAAUGCCUGGGAUUGGCUCCUGACGCCGAAUUGCAUAUCUAUAAGGUUUUCACAAACUCUCAGGUCUCAUAUACGUCUUGGUUCCUAGAUGCCUUCAAUUAUGCUAUCUACAAAAAAGUCAACAUAAUCAAUUUAAGUAUUGGCGGCCCCGAUUUUAUGGACUUGCCAUUCGUUGAAAAGGUCUUGGAAUUAUCAGCCAAUAAUAUAAUUAUGAUAUCAGCCGCAGGCAACGACGGCCCUAUAUAUGGUACUCUGAACAAUCCUGGUGACCAGAGUGAUGUAAUCGGUGUAGGUAGCAUCAAUUUUGAGGACAAAAUUGCGAGAUUCAGCUCAAGAGGUAUGACAACAUGGGAACUUCCUUUAGGCUAUGGCAGAGCUGGAUUGGACAUUGUUACUUAUGGUAGCCAGGUGGAAGGAAGUGACGUUCAUGCAGGUUGCAGACGUCUAUCAGGAACAUCAGUUUCAUCACCUGUCGUUGCUGGAGUAGCAGCUUUGUUAAGAAGUGGAGCUUCACAUAAAGUUAAUUUAGUAAAUCCAUCAUCGUUGAAACAAGUUUUGGUCGAAGGCGCAGAGAAACUUCCAAAUUACAACAUAUUCGAGCAAGGACAAGGAAAACUUAAUUUGCUGAGGAGUAUGCAACUAUUAUUGUCCUACAAACCCAAGAUUAGUCUUAUACCAUCGUCGCUUGAUUUUACCACAAAUUACAUGUGGCCGUAUAGCAGUCAACCCUUAUUCUAUGGAAGUGUCGCCUCAAUUGUAAAUGUUACAAUUCUUAAUGGCAUAUCAGUAACAGGAAAGGUUCUUGGUCAACCAAAAUGGAUUCCAGAUCCAGAAAACUAUGGCCAAUAUCUCAACAUUUCAACAUCAUAUUCAACGUUAAUGUGGCCUUGGACUGGGUGGAUGGCAGUUUAUAUAGCUGUAAACAAAGACGGAGAGAAUUAUGCUGGUACCGCCAAAGGCUACCUAAUUGUAUUAAUAGAAAGUUAUCCUUUUGGAUCAAAUCAAACUCAUGAGAGCGAAGUACGCCUGCCACUUACUAUUAAAAUUAUGCCAACACCGCCUCGACAUAAACGGAUUUUAUGGGAUCAAUAUCAUAGUUUAAGAUAUCCACCAGGAUAUAUUCCACGAGACAAUUUAAAAAUUAAAGCAGAUCUUUUGGAUUGGAGAGCUGACCAUAUUCACACAAAUUUUCGAGAUGCUUAUAUACAUUUAAGAAACGCUGGAUAUUAUAUCGAUGUUUUGAGAGAACCUUACACAUGUUUUAACCCUCUUGAUUAUGGAGUCCUACUUAUUAUCGAUCCGGAGGAAGAAUUUUUUAAUGAAGAAAUUACCAAACUUGGCCAAUAUGUUUAUAAAGAUGGUCUGAGUGUCAUAGUGUUUGCGGAUUGGUAUAACACAACGGUAAUGCGGAAUAUAAAGUUCUUUGAUGAAAACAGCAGACAAUGGUGGAUUCCAGAUACUGGAGGAACUAAUAUUCCUGCCUUAAACGAUCUUUUGGGUCAAUUUGGAAUAUCAUUUGGCGAUUUUGUUGGCGAGGGUUACUUUAAACUUGGCGAUCAUGCAAUGUAUUACGCUAGUGGCACUACGCUUACAACAUUUCCAAACAAUCCGGAUGAUGUUGUAAUUGGAACUAAUUUAAACGAUCAAGGAGCAUCGGUUAUGGCAAAUGGGAAAACAUCGAAUACGGAGUCAAAACAAUUUGUACCUAUAAUGGGGUUAUUUCAAACAACCCUUGAGUCUCGGCAGACGAUAAAAUUAUCCAAUCUCUUUCCGGACUCUCCGAAUGCAGCUGAUGAUGUGGAGUUAUUUGACAAUUCGGUUGAUCGAGCGGUCUUAAAGAAUCGAAUUUUACUGCAUGACAAGAGCGAAAAACAUUCUGAAGGUCGCAUAGCUGUUUAUGGGGACUCGAAUUGCUUAGACUCGUCUUAUAUGGAAAAAGCUUGUUUCUGGCUUUUAACAACCAUUUUAGAUUUUGCAAUGAAUUCCCACAAAUCUGUGUUAUUAAAUAAUUUAAAUAGAAUUUCUGAAUUUAAGAAUCUAAACAAAGAAUUACCUAUUAGGCUAGCAAGUAGCAAUUUAAAGUUGUUCUCCAAAGUAAUUAACAAUAGAAAAAAUCCAAUACUACACUGCGAAAAAAUAGAAUGGAUAGGUAAAACAACAUUUAACGACAGCAAAAGGAUAGAACCUGAAGUGGAGUUUGAUACGGAAGAGACUUUAAACAACUAUGUAAUUGAUAAUUUAAAUACCGAAAUUGCUAAAUUAGCUUUAUAUGAUUAUAAACAAUCGGCAAACCAAAAUGACUUUAACAUUAAUAUUUCAGUUUUAUUCAUGAUAACGUUGAGUUUAACUGUAAUAAUAUUGUUUGUAAUAUUUCUAAGAUGUAAAAUUGUACUUUUUUCGUGUAAAUAA